AUGGCCAACAACCAAACAUUGAGGGAGCUGGCUGCCCCGGAGCUGACUCACCAGCCCUUAUGCAUCACAUUCCCCGCUUUGGCUGAGAAUACCGCUUUCGAACUGAAGUCGGGAUUAAUUCAACUCUUACCCUCGUUCCAUGGUCUUUCUGGCGAAGAACCCCACAAGCACGUAAAGGAGUUCGAGGUGGUCUGCUCUAGUAUGAAACCUCCUGGGGUCACUGAAGAGCAAAUUAGACUGAGAGCCUUCCCGUUCUCUCUAAAAGAUGCAGCUAAAGAUUGGCUGUACUACCUACCAGCAGGUAGUAUUACCACAUGGGCGCAGCUGAAAAAGAAAUUCUUGGAAAAAUUCUUCCCUGCAUCCCGGGCUGCGAGUUUGAGGAAGGAGAUCUGCGGCAUUAAACAAUACCCCGGUGAGUCCUUGUACGACUACUGGGAAAGGUUUAACAAGUUGUGCACUAGAUGCCCGCAGCAUCAAAUUAGUGAGCAACUGUUAAUCCAAUACUUCUACGAAGGGCUCCAAUCAACCGAUAGAAGUAUCAUCGACGCUGCAAGUGGGGGAGCACUGGCAAACAAGACACCAAGGGAAGCGUGGGAGCUCAUCGAAGCCAUGGCAGAGAACUCCCAGCAAUUUGGCUUCCGUGAGAGCAACCCUCCCCGUAGAGUCAACGAGGUAGAGAUUUCAUCCUUACAGCAGCAAAUGUCAGAAUUGACGUCAGUUGUUAGGCAAUUAGCUAUGAGAGACGCGCCGCGAGCGAAGGUGUGUGGAAUAUGCACAAGCAUGGACCACCCCACUGACUCAUGCCCUAUGUUGCAAGAGGAUGGAGCUGAACAAGUGAACAUGGCUGGAGGCGUGCCCGCGCCUCAAAGACCGUACGACCCAUACUCCAACACGUACAACCCUGGUUGGAGAGAUCACCCCAAUUUCAGCUAUUGUAGUAGGCCACAAAAUGCAUUCUCUAAUCGGCCUCCAGGUUUUCAGCAACCUUGGCAACAUAAGUCUCAACCCUCGUCCUCAAGCUCAGGGAGUUCUUUGGAAGAAAUUGUCAAGAGUUUGGCCACGACUACCACUCAACUCGUCACGACCACCACUCAGCUCCAGCAAGAGACCAGGUCAUUGACCACAAAUAUGGCUCAACUCCAGCAAGAAACUAGAGUCUUAACCAUGAGCACCACUCAGUUCCAGCAGGACACAAAAGCAGGCAUGAAGGAUAUGGAGGCUCGAAUAAGCCAAAUGGCAACUGCCAUCAAUCGCUUGGAGUCCCACGCUUAUGGAAAGUUACCCUCACAACCUGAAGUAAAUCCCAGGAAUGUUCGGGCUUUGGAGGCUCGCAUGGUCAACGUUGAUGCCAAUGUAGCUGGCAUAGCACAGAAUUUGGCGCAAUUUCUGCAUCAUACGGGUUUUCCUCCUCCAGCUGCGCCUCGUCCACCUCUUUGA